AAAAGGCCAAAGUCAGUAGCGGGUGACAGGGUAGGUCUGAAGGACAUUUUCUCUUCUUAGCUGAUUACCACACUUUCUUGACAAUGUCUGACUGUGAGUUGAUUCUGGCCAGCUGGGGAAAAGUGGAGAGCAACCUUGCUGGCUAUGGAGGAGAAGUUCUGACUCGUCUGUUCACAGAGCACCCUGACACCCAGAAACUCUUCCCUAAGUUUAUUGAGAUCCCAUGUGGUGAAAUGGCUGGAAAUGCAGCCAUUGCAGACCAUGGGAAGACAGUUUUGAUGAAACUGGGUGAGAUCCUCAAGGCAAAAGGCUCUAGUGAUGUCAUCAAGCCACUGGCUACAACCCAUGCCAAUAAACACAAGAUUGCCCUUAAUAACUUCAAACUGAUCACUGAGGUCAUCAUUAAGGUGCUUGGAGAGAAGGACGUAUGGGACGCUGCUACCCAGGAUGCUUUCAGAAAGGUGAUGGGUGGUGUUGUCAAUGAGAUUGACUGCGUCUAUAAGGAGCUUGGCUUCACUGGUUAGAUUACUUUUGCACCAUCUUUCCUACUCCCUGACUUUGCUGGAACAAAGCAAAUGAGUAUUUAUUGAGCCUGUGGGAAUAAUCAAAGCACUAAUGAUUACUGUUUCUGCAAUUAAUGGGUUGCCUCAGUGUUUAAUGUACUGGUGACAUGUAUUUGGUCCAAAAAAAUCAAAUAAAAUUUAAAUGAGAAA